AUGGGAUCUGGUAAACUUGAAAACUGUGGCAUGUCAACAGACAAGGAAAAGCUGAGCCAUUUGUUGCAGCAGAUUACUCAGUUGUUGCAACAAUUUACUCAGUUGUUUGAUUUUUACCGACAAGAUGGGAAAUUUGUUGCAAUAGAUGGGAAAUCUGUUGCAACAUCUGCAACAACUGUUUUUUAUUUAUUACCAACAGAUUUGAAAUCAGUUGCAACAGAUUUUCUAUCAAGUUUUGCAGACAAUCCAGAGCUUUGUGGGGAUGGAUGUGAGGAUUCUUGGAUAUGGAAUGAUUUUUCUUCAUUCAUCCAAGGUUUUGUGAUUGGUUGGGUACUUUUCUCUGCAUAUUGUUUAGCCCUUCUCUUGUUUCAAUUUCCAAGCAAGACUAUCAACAAGAUAGUCUCAUUGAACAAAUGGAAGCUAAGGAGGACAAAGGAAAAUUUAAAUUCAGGAAGUGAAGAGGAAUUAAACAGCCACCUGAAGAUAUUAAAGCUGGAGAAGUUUGCUAUGCGAAUGAGUUACAUGGAGCUGGCAAGAGCAACUUGUGCUUUUAGUGAAGAACAUUUAGUAGGAAAUGGAAUGUUGGGGAAAAUGUACAAAGCAAUUCUUGCAAAUGGCUGGACAGUUGCCAUCAAGAAGCUGAAUGAAUGUGAGAAUUUGGAGGACGAUUUUGUCUCUGAGAUAACAACUCUUGGUGGUCUGAAGCACCGGAAUCUAUUGCCUCUUAUAGGAUUCUGUGUCGAAAUGGAAGAAAGAUUUCUUGUUUACAAAUACAUGCCUAACGGGAAUCUUCAUCAAUGGCUGCACCUGAACGAAAAUAAGGCCAAUGUCUUGGAUUUCUCUCUGAGGGUACAAAUUGCAGAACGGAUAGCAAAAGGCCUGGCUUGGCUUCAUUAUGGAUAUAAAUCACAUGUUACACACGGAAACAUAAGCACACGAUGUAUCUUGCUUGAUCAAAAUUUUGAACCGAAAAUAUUCAACUUUUGGGUAGCAAGAAUUUGGAGUAAGAAUGACACUGUAAGUUGGAGUCUUUUCCCGCUAGCUGAAUAUUCAAGUAUAGGCUCUUACAAGCAAGAUGUCUACUGCUUCGGUAUCGUGCUUCUUGAGCUUGUAACUGGGAAGGAACCACAUGAACUUACCAGCUCAAGAAAUCUAUUUGAUCACUCACCUUGUCUUCUUGAUGCAGAUAAAGAUUUGCUCGGGAAAGGAAUCAACGAUUUGAUCCUCAAAUUUCUAGAGUUAGCUUGUGACUGUGUGAAGUUCUUUCCUAAUGAAAGGCCAACAAUGCUGGAAGUUCAUGAUACACUCAAAGCAAUUUCUCAGGGUCGAAGCGACUAG